AUUUACACGCAGAAGAAGCUUCGAGAAUGAGCAUUGUGCCCAAAGAGAACAUUGAAGUAAUCUCACAGAGCAUUGGGAUCAACAAUUUGUCUCCAGAUGUCGCUCUUGCUCUCGCCCCUGACGUCGAGUAUCGCCUCCGUGAGAUCAUGCAGGAGGCUAUCAAAUGUAUGCGUCACUCACGGAGAACUAAAUUGACAGCUGAUGAUGUCGACGGUGCGCUCAAUUUGAGAAAUGUCGAGCCACUAUAUGGUUUUGUGUCUGGAGGCCCCUUGCGUUUCAAAAAAGCUGUUGGACAUAGGGAUUUGUUUUACAUCGAUGACAAGGAUGUCGAUUUUAAAGAUGUUAUCGAAGCUCCUUUACCAAAAGCACCACUUGAUACUGGACUUCUUUGUCACUGGCUAGCUAUAGAAGGUGUACAACCUGCGAUUCCGGAAAAUGCACCUGUAGAAGUACUUACAGCUCCUUCUGAUGGCAAAAAGUAUGAGCAAAAGGAUGAUGGACUUCCUGUUGAGCUCAAAUUACCAGUUAAGCAUGUAUUAUCUAGAGAGCUUCAGCUAUAUUUUGACAAAAUCACUGAGCUUGUCGUGGGUAGGUCCGACGAUAUUCUUCUUAAAAAAGCACUAUUGAGCUUGGCUACUGAUUCGGGACUUCAUCCAUUAGUUCCUUAUUUCACAUGCUUUAUAGCUGAUGAGGUUUCUCGUGGUUUGAGUGAUUAUCCACUUCUUUUUGCUCUGAUGCGAGUUGUCCAUAGCCUUCUCCAGAAUCCUCACAUUCACAUUGAACCUUAUCUACACCAAUUGAUGCCAUCUGUAGUUACUUGCCUUGUGGCAAAAAGAUUGGGCAAUAGGUUUGCUGACAACCAUUGGGAACUUAGAGACUUCACAGCGAAUCUGGUUGCUUCAAUUUGUAAAAGGUUUGGUCGUGUCUAUAACACUCUCCAGUCACGACUUACAAAAACUUUGGUCAAUGCAUUUUUGGACCCAAAACGGACCUUGACUCAACACUAUGGUGCAAUUCAAGGUUUAGCUGCUCUAGGGCCCAGUGUGGUCCACCUUUUGAUAUUGCCAAAUCUGGAGUCAUAUCUGCGACUUCUUGAACCAGAGCUGCUUCUUGAGAAGCAAAAAAAUGAGAUCAAGAGGCAUGAAGCUUGGCGUGUUUAUGGAGCGUUGUUGGGUGCAGCAGGGCAAUGUAUAUAUGAUAAGCUGAAGAUCUUCCCAACGUUGCCAUCUCCUGUACCACAAUCUCUCUGGAAGACCAAUGAAAGAAUUGUUCUCACUACGCCAAAUAAACGGAAGAGAAGUGUGGAGCCCAUGGAACAGCAACCACCCUCGAAGAAAAUUGCAACUGAUGGCCCAACUGGUUUAACUAAUUCUUCACCAUCUCCAAUGCAAGUAGACACAGCAGCUCCAGCUCCUUCAGGUGAUACCAAUAAAGUCCCCUCAUCAUCAUCUACGAGUUUGUCUAAUGAGAGCAUUUCAAACAGCAGAGGUAGAAGUAACGGGGCUGAUGCUCAGUCUUUAAAGAAGUCAGCUGUCCUCAAUCAGGUCUGGAAGGAUGAAUUGAAUUCUGGGAAGUUACUGGUAUCGUUGUUUCAGUUGUUUGGUGAAGACAUUCUCCCCUUCAUUCCAGCUCCAGAGAUGUCUUUGUUUCUGUAAGUGUAGAACUGUUGGAACUUGUGAUUGAUCAAGUGUACAUAGUAAAGGUAGAAUGAAAGAUACAGGGAGUAACUUCUGUAAAUUGCAGUACAAACUUGUAUGGAUGUAUUGAUACCUUUUUGUUCUAAUUCAGUGAAUCUCGUCCUGCUCUUUCCAUUACAAAUAACAGACAUGGUAUCCUUGGUUCU